AAAAAAAGGCACACCCACACACAAAAAAAAUGACACAGUAUCCUAUAUAACCCAUGACACUGAUGAUUCUUCACUGACCUCUUCAACUGCUCUGAAUCUUGUAUGUUUGGAGACACUAUGGGAAGCAAGACUGGCUUUACAGGGAGAAGGUCUUUUCUGUUUGAGUUUCAGAAUGCCAGGGGCGUUCUGUUCCUUCCAGAGGUUUCUCUUACUUUGUAAUGAUUCCUGAAAUUCUGCAAUAUUUCUUUUCUUCUUUAAUCACUUUCAUGUUUCCUUCUCGAAGCCUGUGUUUUGGAGCGUGAAGAGGCUGGUAGCAGGGCAGCUGUUAGACUCACAGCAGAUUAGUUUAGCGAAUGGCACAACCAAAGGGCUCUGUAUAGACAGUGACACCAGCAGAAGGAGCAGUGGGUAGGAGGGCCUGAAGGCCAUCUUUAUCCGUCUGAUAAACUUGUCCAGACUGGUCCCGGUUGAGCAGGUCUGGAAGGAAGAGGAAGCUGCUGCUCUGCAAAGCUCUGCUUCCUGCCCUUGAACUCCAGCAGAGGCAGGUGUGGUUCUGCAUGCUCCGAACACACACACCUAACAGAGACGCCCAGACCUACCUGAGCACAUUGGUGGGGUCAACCGGGAGGAAAGAAGACACAGAGGAGAGGACACACCUCAUGGAACGGCAGUGGGGCAGAGGCUGGAAAGAAUGGGAUUGGAAUCUCCACUUGGCAGCCCUGGCAUCACUCAAGGGGGAUAUAGUGGAGCUUAAUAAACGUCUGCAGCAAACGGAGCGGGAACGGGACCUUCUGGAAAAGAAGUUGGCCAAGGCACAGUGUGAGCAGUCCCACCUCAUGAGAGAGCAUGAGGACGUCCAGGAGCGAACGACACUUCGGUACGAGGAACGCAUCACUGAACUCCACAGCAUCAUUGCGGAGCUCAAUAAGAAGAUAGACCGUUUGCAAGGCACCACCAUCAGGGAGGAAGAUGAGUACUCAGAACUGCGAUCAGAACUCAGCCAGAGUCAACACGAGGUCAAUGAGGACUCCCGCAGUGUGGACCAAGACCAGACCUCCGUCUCCAUCCCCGAAAACCAAUCCACCAUGGUCACUGCAGACAUGGAUAACUGCAGUGACCUGAACUCGGAACUGCAGAGGGUGCUGACGGGGCUGGAGAACGUUGUCUGCUGCAGGAAGAAGAGCAGCUGCAGCCUCUCCGUGGCGGAGGUGGACAGGCACAUCGAGCAGCUUACCACGGCCAGUGAGCACUGUGACUUGGCUAUUAAGACAGUGGAGGAGAUCGAGGGGGUCCUUGGCCGGGACCUGUACCCCAACUUGGCUGAAGAGCGCUCUCGAUGGGAGAAGGAGCUGGCUGGGCUGAGGGAAGAGAAUGAGAGCCUGACUGCCAUGCUGUGCAGCAAAGAGGAGGAGCUGAACAGGACCAAGGCCACCAUGAACGCCAUCCGCGAGGAGCGCGACCGGCUGCGGAGGAGGGUUCGAGAGCUUCAAACUCGACUACAGAGCGUGCAGGCCACAGGCCCCUCCAGCCCUGGCCGCCUCACUUCGGCCAACCGCCCCGUUAACCCGAGCACCGGAGAGCUGAGCACGAGCAGCAGCAGCAAUGACAUUCCCAUCGCCAAGAUUGCCGAGAGGGUGAAGCUGUCAAAGACCAGGUCCGAAUCUUCGUCGUCGGAACGGCCUGUCCUGGGCUCUGAAAUCAGCAGCAUAGGGGUAUCCAGCAGCGUGGCAGAGCACCUGGCCCACUCUCUUCAGGACUGCUCCAACAUCCAAGAGAUCUUCCAGACACUCUACUCCCAUGGAUCUGCCAUCUCGGAAAGCAAAAUUAGAGAAUUUGAGGUAGAAACGGAACGGUUGAACAGCCGUAUCGAACACCUCAAAUCCCAGAAUGACCUUCUGACUAUAACCCUGGAAGAGUGCAAAAGCAAUGCUGAGCGGAUGAGCAUGCUGGUGGGAAAAUAUGAAUCCAACGCCACCGCACUGAGGCUGGCCCUGCAGUACAGUGAGCAGUGCAUCGAAGCCUACGAACUCCUCCUGGCGCUGGCGGAGAGUGAGCAGAGCCUCAUCCUGGGGCAGUUCCGGGCAGCCGGUGUGGGGUCGUCUCCUGGAGACCAAUCAGGGGAUGAGAACAUCACUCAGAUGCUCAAACGAGCUCACGACUGCCGGAAGACAGCCGAGAAUGCCGCCAAAGCCCUGCUCAUGAAGCUGGAUGGCAGCUGCGGAGGGGCCUUUGCCGUGGCCGGCUGCAGCGUGCAGCCCUGGGAGAGCCUGUCCUCCAACAGCCACACCAGCACCACCAGCUCCACAGCCAGCAGCUGCGAUACAGAGUUCACUAAGGAAGAUGAGCAGAGGCUGAAGGAUUAUAUCCAGCAGCUCAAGAACGACAGGGCCGCAGUCAAGCUGACCAUGCUGGAGUUGGAAAGCAUCCACAUCGAUCCUCUUAGCUACGAUGUCAAGCCCCGGGGAGACAGCCAGCGGCUAGACCUGGAAAACGCGGUGCUGAUGCAGGAGCUGAUGGCCAUGAAGGAAGAGAUGGCCGAGCUGAAGGCCCAGCUCUACCUCCUGGAGAAAGAGAAGAAGGCCCUGGAGCUGAAGCUGAGCACACGGGAGGCCCAGGAGCAGGCCUACCUGGUGCACAUCGAGCACCUGAAGUCCGAGGUGGAGGAGCAGAAGGAGCAGCGCACGCGGUCCCUCAGCUCCACCAGCAGUGGCGGCAAGGACAAGGCUGGCAAGGAGUGUGCUGAUGCCACCUCCCCAGCUCUGUCUCUGGCUGAACUAAGGACGGCGUGCAGUGACAGCGAGCUGGCUGCAGAGUUCGCCAACGCCAUCCGUCGGGAAAAGAAGCUAAAGACCAGAGUUCAAGAGUUAGUGAGUGCCUUGGAAAGACUCACCAAGAGCAGUGAAAUCCGACACCAGCAAUCAGCAGAGUUUGUGAAUGACUUAAAGAGAGCCAACAGCAACCUGGUGGCUGCCUAUGAAAAAGCAAAGAAGAAGCAUCAAAACAAACUGAAGAAGCUGGAGUCUCAGAUGAUGGCCAUGGUGGAGAGGCACGAGACCCAAGUGAGGAUGCUCAAGCAGAGGAUAGCUCUGCUGGAGGAGGAGAACUCGCGGCCACACACCAACGAAACUUCACUUUAACUGGCACUCAGACUCUCAAGCUCUGCUCGUGGAAGCUAAACUCUAGCAGGUCACUGAGGAGAGAGGGGCGCUGGGGGACAGAGGACCUGUUGGGAGAACGAAGAAAGGGGAGAUUGGCAGGUAGGUCAGCACAUGGACAGUGAAGUGCCCUGGUCUCAGCCCUGGUGGCACCACAUAGACUGUACCCAGAGGAUGCUGCUUCUCCCCUCUCGGGCCUUGGACAGUGUGGAAACACCUGCCAGGCAUGCCGGCUCCACAGGCUGUGCUUCUGCUUUCAGCACUGGCUGUCACUCUCUCACCUUUUCUGUUCUGAAAGUUGUGUGUUGCUGGUAUAACUUGGGUAUUGUCUGUUUUUUAAGAUUUUCCAUUCUUUUUUUUUUUUUCUCUCCUUUUAGUAGACCACAGCCUUACCUCUGACGUCCCCAGUGUAUCUUCUUUCCUUCUCCUUCAGGGGAAAACUAAUGGGGUGGUGGUGGGGGUGAGCAUCUAGAAGAACUGCUCAUUUGUUUAUUGCAACCAGGCUUUGGUUUUCAAAUCCCACAUAUCACUAAGGUGUUCUGGGAGGUAGAUCACAGGCGGAUGGCACACAGGUGUUACUUACAGGCACGGGUAUGUCGAAGCCACAGGUAGAACAGCUGGGACUGAAGAGUUCUGUGUGGGAUCAGGAAGACCCAUUAUACUUAAUCUCAGCCCCAGGCAAUAGCUAACUGCCAGAGUCCAAGCUUGUCCACAUGAGCACACACAGAGCUCUGGACCUGCCUCUGUUCCUCUAGGGCAAGAGGCAGGAUGCUGAGGAGGUGUUGUUUUUGCAGGCCAACCCCACCUACUUAAGAGAUUUUUACUGCAGUGCCAGUUCAAGACUUCAGCCCUAUUAAAGGGUGAAGGGAGGGCAAGGGGAAGGGUACAGUCGCUGAGAACUCAGACAUGGCGAUGGUCACCAUGUGGUGCCUCGGCAGGUGAGAUGUCCAGCAAAAUGCUGACAGAACUGAGCAGGGCCAGAGUACCUGAAUUCUUUCAGGAAGGUCUUCCCUCUUAAAUUCAUCCUUCUCUUUCUACUGUAACCUUCUCUGUUUCACUUUGUUUUUCAAUUCUUCCAUCCCUGCCCUACACUGACCAAUACAUUGUAGAGGACCACUUGCCAUUUGAGUCCCUGUGCCCAUACGCUGUUUUCCAAGGGCAUGGCACAAGUUCCUCCGCCUUUUCUGCAUGGUGGGGAAGGAUGUCUUAGCCACCACCUCAGAAGGCAGAGCAGUUCUGUCCCCAAAGCAACCACCCUUCCCUCUCAGGCCAGCAGUGAGGCUCCCCAUCUUUAAAAAAAAAAAAAAAAAUCAACUGGUGUGUGUGCGAAGGGCCUGGCUUUGGGACGCUUUGAUUGCUUCCAAGUACCAUUUCUUCCAAGUCAGGCAAACUUGGUUCUUGUCAGUGAUAUUCAGUCACCUUUUACUCUUUGGAUAAAGCUUCACUUUGUUACAAGGAAAACGUUUUGGUAAUAAAAAGUUUAGGAGUUCCCGUCGUGGCUCAGUGGCUAACAAAUCCAACUAGGAACC